AAGAAACAACGAAAGAACAGACACAAGAUGUUGUUUUAUUUGAAUAAUAUCACUGUAUCUUAGAUUAUAUGAGAUGGAUGUUAGGACAGUUAACACGCAAUCACAAGGGUCGUUUCCUAUUCCAGCAUAUGUCCUUGAUGAUUUAUGCAGUCGAUUCAUUAUAAAUAUCCCAGACGAAGAAAGACAGGACUUGAUCAGAGUUUUCUUUCAGAUAGAGUUGGCUCAUUGGUUCUACUUGGACUUUUAUUGUGCUGAAAAUCCCGAACUCAGAACAUGUGGAAUAAAAGAUUUUUCGGCACAAAUUUUCAAACAUUGUCCAUUUCUAAGUGGACAUGCUGGAGAGGUAGACAAAAUCCUGGACAAUUGGAAAAGUUAUAAAAUGAGUGUUCCAACAUAUGGAGGAAUUCUACUAGAUCCAGAGAUGAAAUAUUGUUUGCUUGCCCAGGGCUUCUGGACAAAAAGCAGUUGGGGAUUCCCAAAAGGCAAAGUAAAUGAGAAUGAGUCUCCACAUGACUGUGCUAUAAGAGAGGUAUAUGAGGAAACAGGUUUUGAUAUCACUCCACUUAUAGACAAGAAUGAGUUCAUAGAGAAUUUUUUUAAUGACCAGUUGUCCAGAUUGUACAUCAUAACUGGAGUGGGGCUGGACACUAAAUUUCAACCAAAGACAAGAAAAGAAAUAAAGAGUCUUCAGUGGUUUCCUGUAGAUGUAUUGCCUGCUCACAGACGGGACCAAACACCCAAAUCCUUAGACAUGAAUCCAAACAACUUCUUCAUGGUUGUCCCUUUCAUCAAACCACUUCGGAAAUGGAUCAAUAAAAAGUCAGGACAUGCUCAUUUCAAUAUCAUGGAUGCUGAACUUGAUAUCAAGGGAGGCAAUGUAUCAGUGCCUAAACAAAUGAAAAUGAGAGACCAACCAGAAGGGAAUGCAAGACAGUUUGGUGAAGGCAGAGCCACGCAAAGAGACAAGCAAAAGCAGAAACUGCAGCAGUAUUUUGCUCAGCAGAAUCAAAAUGAAUUCCAGGAGUAUAUGCAAUACAAGGAAAAGAAACAGCGUUCUGAUUCUCCACGAAAGGAAGCCGGAAAAUCAAGAGGGAUAGAGAACAAAUCACCUAAACCUAAAAAACAACAUUAUUCUAUCUUGAACCGUGAUGGCACUGUAACUGGUACACAGCCCAGUUUACUGCAGAGUCCCCAAAGUCAAAAUACUCCAUCCACAGGACAAUCAAAAAGGAACUUAGGCAGCUAUUUUAAUAGUCCAGGUAGCUACCAAGGCCCUAGACCAUCAAAUUUUAACAAUAGUGCAUCAAAAUCUUCCCAAUCAGGAAAUGUGACUGAAGACAAUAAAUCUGUUCAGCCGAGACAAAGAAAGUAUAAAAAGAUAACAGACCCUGACGGACUGGGGUCAGAAACAUGGCUAAACUUCCAUCUGGAUGUAGACGCAAUCAUGGCAUGUCUGCCUUAAAUGUAUAUACAGUUUGUGUAGGUACAUCAUUUUUAAUGCUUUCACCAGAGAUUUGAACUGUUAUUGAAAGUUUUCCAAGGAUAUGUUGAAGUACAGUAAAGGUGGAGAAAUUAUGCUGCAGUUUGGAAGUCACUUUGGGGCCACAGAAACUUGGCAGUGGUUCUGCUGUUGACUCUGAUGUUGAGGUACAAAAAAACUGUACAAGAAUUGUUUACAAGGUUCAGCUAAGUCUUUGCUUGUGUUUAUUAUAAAGGGAACAAAGAAUUUUAGUGUACUUUAGUGAGUAUGAACCUUUCCAUCCAACUUAGAGAAUUAAGCUCAUAAAGUAAAAUGUGUUUUUUUAUAACCUUAUUUU